AUGACCUCCGGCGACCUGGGCGGGCUCAUGGAGGCCGUGCCGGCGAGGGACUGGGCCGAUGGCCUGGGCACGGACGCGCUCCUGGGGAUCCUCCACCGGCUGGACCACGUCGACGUCCUGACGGCCGCCGACCACGUGUGCCGCUCGUGGCGCCGCGCCGCGCGGGAGGAGCCCGCGCUGUGGCGCCGGAUCACCAUGCGCGGGCGCGAGGGGAUCUCGCGCAGGCUCAACCGCGGCGGCCUGGCCUGCGAGGCCGUCCGGCGCAGCGCGGGGCGGUGCGAGGCCUUCUGCGGGGAGUACGCCGGCGACGACGGCUUCCUUGUCUACCUCAGCGAGCAGGCCCCUUGUUUAAAGAGCCUUCGCCUCAUUUCUUGCAAUGGUGUCACAAACGAAGGGGUUGCUGAGGCCGCGAAGGGGCUCCCUCUGCUUGAGGAGCUUGAGCUUUCUCUAUGUGACAAUGUAGGUGGUUCUGAAGUGUUUGAGGUUGUUGGCGAAGUAUGCCCACAGCUGAAGCAAUUCAGACUGAAUAAAAAACGUUUUGAUGUUACAGUGUGGGUAAAAGAAAAUUAUGUCCAAGGGAUUGCAACUAUGCAUGGGCUACGAACCUUGCAGCUUUUCAGCAACAUUCUCACAAAUACGGGUCUAGAAACCAUCUUGGACAACUGUCCCCAUCUGGAGUCCCUUGACAUACGCCACUGCUUCAACGUCGGCAUGGACGAGACUCUGCUUCUAAAGUGUGCCAGGAUUAAGACGCUGAGGCUUCCGGAUGACCCGACUGAUGACUAUGACCUCGAGGUUCAAAGCCCUAUCAGGACAUAUGUUCCUCGAGAAGAAUACAUGUGUUAUUCUGAUUGCUGUUAUAACCGCUAUGAGGACUCAGAGGACUCCGGGGAUGACUCAGAUUUUUAUGGUGAGCCCUCCCGCUACGAGAGUGACCUUGACAAGUAUGAGAAGAUGCUUCCGUUGAGCAUGCGCACGUUCCUGAGAUGAAGACCAUCUGCAGCCUGAAUUCCAUGGAACCGCCCUGAUGCUGCAUGGUGGAAUCUGUUUCAGCUUGAAUCUCUGCUCUCAUGUUCGUCAGGUGAAUUGGUCCUAUGAUCCAAAAUUUAGCUCACAAUGAGGUGAUGAAUAAUUCUCAUGUAAACAUUGCUGUGUCCUCUGUUCUGAAGUGAGCUCCGUCUGAAUGUUGUGAAAUAAGUACCAGUUUCUAGGUUAUUUGUCGAAAACAUCUGAACUUGUGUGUUGUGGCUUGUUCCUGUCGCCUGCAUGGUGUGCAGUACACGACUGUAUUCCUUGGAGAACGCUUUAUUAAUUUUC